UCUUCCAUGUUGCUUUUUUAUGACUCAAUUUUCGAGCGGUUUCUACUAUGCUUUCGAUAUAUAAGUGUUUAGUCCAGAUGUUGAGACUUGUCUAUAUAACCGUGGAUAAGACUAUGAUAUUUGGGUUAGAUAUUUCUCGUAAUUUAUUUAUUUGCAGUCAAUAUCUCGAAUAUUUAUACUUAUCGUUCAUGAUUAAAAACUAGUGUGGGAUGUAGUCAUAUAAAAUGUGUACUAAUUAAAAGAGUAAUAUUUAAUCAUUAAUAAGAGUUCUGAAGAAUUGAAGUUUCAAGUCUAAUUCAAAAUGGUCUGUGAAAAAUGUGAAAAAAAAUUAGGAAAAGUCAUAACUCCAGAUCCUUGGAAAAGUGGUGCACGGAAUACAGUAGAAAGUGGGGGACGUAAAGUUGGAGAAAAUAAAGCACUUUCUGCAGGGAAGGCAAGAUUUAAUCCCUAUACUGUUACCUUUGAAACUUGCAGAAUAUGUAGACAAAAAGUACAUCAAGUUGGAUCACAUUAUUGUCAAUCAUGUGCAUAUAAAAAGGCUAUAUGUGCAAUGUGUGGUAAAAAGCUAAUGAGUACAAAGAACUAUAAACAGUCUGCUACUUAAAUAUUAAACUUAAUGGAUUUGUUUGUAAAUUUACAUUAUGAUAGAUGUAGAUUGGUAUAAAGAAAUUAAUUUGACUUGGACAGAUAUUUUGUCUUGAUAUAAAUAAUAAUUAUAUAUAUAUAUAUAUAUAUAUAUAUAUGAGUAUUCCUUAUAUUAUUUUAAUAAAAUACGGUAGGAUGUACAAAAUAUGUUAAUUAAAUGUAUAAUAUAGCAUUAUAUCUAA